UGUCUUUACCAUAGAGUUCUCAUGGACUAGGUCAGUUAUAUAUUAACGCAUUCACAUUUUUCAUGAUGAACUUCUGACAUUAUGUACAUCAGGCACCAUCUACAUCCAUGUAGUGUGUAUAUGUACUCUGCUGUAUGUUACGUGUACAAUGGACAUGUUCAAUUCUUGGAUGCAUCCGUCUAGACUCCAUUGUUGUGUCAAGUGGUAUUAUUUUAGGAAACUUGUCAUUUGUUGCAUGCUAUAGCACAAUUCACCACAAAAUACGGGUACAGUAGAUGCAUGGAUGAACAAUUUGUGUAGAAGAAAAGAACGGGACUAUUUUCUGGUGAGAAAUCCAGACAUGAGUAAUUCUCCCUUGCCAACAGACGUAUUUGUGUAACGCAACAACUUAUUGCACUGCAAAUGUUAAACACAAUUUUGAUCCUCAUCGAUUGUCUAAAAGAGCAACAACUUGAACUCUACCAAGAUGGAUAUUGCCAGUACAAGCUCCGCAUCAAAUGACUGUCUUGAGGUUGUCCAAGUCAAGAAAGAGUUUAUAGACACAGAAGCAAAGGUUGUUUCACUACCAGAGGAUAUUGAUGAUUCAACUGAUAUCUCGUGCCCUCUUUGUCAAGAUUACUUCCAUGAGCCGAAGAUACUGGACUGUCUUCACACUGUUUGCAGACCGUGUCUGGAAAAGAGCGUGUCAAAAAAAGAGGAUGGUUUCAAAACAGUCCUCUGUCCCGUUUGUGAUGUCGAAACGAGAGCUCUGAAUGGCUUGACGGGGCUGAUGAACAACAACACCUUAAGAGGCCUGGUGGAGGAGGCAGUCCUCAAGGAUAAGAUCUCUGGCGCCGUGUCUAAGGUCAGAUGUCAAGCAUGCGUAGAGGAUAACACCGCCGUCUCAAGAUGCAUGGACUGUGAUAACUUUCUGUGUCUUGAGUGUCAGAAUGCUCACCAGCGUUUGACAGCCCUGAAGAACCAUAAUAUUGUACCCAUGGCAGACCUGAAGUCCGGCAAGAUCACCUUCAAGAGCAAGCUGAGAGAUCAAAAUCCCAAGUGUAGCAAGCACAGCGAUCAGAACUGCUGCUUCUUCUGUAUCACCUGUGAGAUGCUGAUAUGCACGACGUGCACUGUGCUUGACCACCGCAGCCCGGACCACAGCUACACUGACAUUGAGGAGGCUAUAGACUGUUGCAGAUCAGAAGUUGGGAGUUUAAUGACCCAAGCAGAAAGAUCCAGAGAGUCUUUUCAAGAUGCCGAGACUCUGACCAAACACGCAGAGAGCAGGCUGAAGCAGCUGAACAGUAACGCCCAGAGGAAAAUCUCAGCCAAAGCUGAUCAGGAAGUCGCCAAAAUCAGAAACAAGGAAAGACGACUGAGAGGGACGCUUCAGUUGGCUUACAACAAAAGAGUCGUAGCAUUGGGAAAGGUAAGAAUCAACAACAGCAAAAAGGUCAAGAUGGCAAAACAAAACCUUAAAAAGAUUGGCAAAAUCAUGUCACGAGCAAGUCACUCUGAGAUUUUGAGCCUAAAAUCCAAAAUUAAGCAUCAUUUGAAAGAAUUGAACAGCACAACACGUGACUCUGUGCCAUAUGGCUUAUCAUAUGUCAACUUCAAAGAAAGCAAGUCUAACAAAAACCUGGGAAAGUUUCUGAUGACUGAGAAAUGGGACUUGAAAUCAAAUGUUGGUGAAGAGAUGGAAAACACCAACCAUUUUGAUGAUUUGCUCCAUGUCGCAGCUUUUCCAAGUGGAAACCUCCUGAUCUUUGACAGAGGUCGUAACCAAUUAAUGGUUUACAGUCCUGCCGGUGUGCAAAUGAAGAUUCUACCAGAUGAAGUAGGCCCCCUAAGCUACUCCACUGCGAUCGCUGUUGCUUCAGAAGACAGAAUUGUUGUCACUUCUAACAGCGCAGAGAAGAGAAGGGUCAAAAUAAUCGGUCCAGAAAACAACGUCCUCUUUGAUGUAGCACCAUGGGCGGAUUCCGAAGAACUUGCCUGCCUCACUGUGGUUGAAGGGAUUCCAGGGAAAGAGAUCGCAGUUCCCUUCAAGAUUGCAGUAGGCGACAGAGAAAAAGGUCGAAUUGGCCUUCUAGAUGAUGCUGGGUCUCUGCUAAAGACCAUACCGGCCGACCACAUCGGCCAGUAUCUGACCUUCAACAGGGCUACUCAACACCUGAUCUACACCAACUAUGAAAUUGGGAGACUGGUCGCCGUUGACCUCGACAGCAACAUAGUCUUCUCUGUUGAAACGUCAGACAUGAGCGGAAACCAGGUCUUCCCAACGGGGGUCUGCUGUGACGAUCUGGGGGAGAUCUAUGUGGCAGCCCAGAAAAGUAAGUGUAGAAGCGGCAAGGAUGAGAUCUACCAUUACACCCCCGGGGGUAUUUUCGCCAAUACGGAGGUCAAGGAACUGUUUGACGUUUAUGGAAUCACCUUUAACAAUGACGAUUCUCUUGUGGUAGCUGAUUGCCGCUCUUUGAAAAUCUUCCAUCACAAAGAAAAUUGAGGGCCAUGACAUGCAAGGCAACAUCCCAUAUUUCAGACCGUGUGAGGGCGCUCUCAAAAUAUUGUUAUCACUUCCGGGGUAUAAUCAUUUAUACCCAAAAAUAACUAUGGAAAACUGGAGCACAUUACCACCACAGACAUCAUACAUCACAGACGAUAAGACUUUUAAAGGAGUUGUUAUAGAUAUAUCCCACUUCAAAAUCAACUUAAAAACUACAGCACACAGAAGUGACAGAAUGCUGAUGAUAAAACUGUGCAAACGAAUCAUGUCUACUUGGAAGUGUUGCAAAAAUUAUUGAGAGCAUUAGUUCAUUAAAGGGAUGCCGUUUCAGACAAAAACCGAGAAGGGAAUAUUCUAAUUUAUUACUUGAUAUUUGAAAUAAAAAGAAGUUGCAACCCUUUUCAGGUGAUCUCCUGGUCGCCGCUUCCCAGGUUGUGCUGUAAAUUUGGGUGUGAUCGGUGACUAUGAUUGUAUGUCUGCUGACUAAAACCCAGAGUAAAGAUAUUAGUACAAUAUAAGGAGAUCGUCAACAUAGGGCCAAAGCUCAGAAAGUGCAGAGCCGGCACAUUGAUUCGUUGAUCGUAUCAAUUUCUUUGUUCGACCCAAAGUUAAACUUUACCCUACUGGUCUUAAAACUCGAUAUUAUUUAAAUUGUUAUCGUUUUGUAUUACUGAAGAGUUCCAUUUGCAUUCAGUGCAUCUGUUUACAAACAAAUGAAGCGGGGGAGGGGAGGUGGGGGGAUUGCCCAGUGUAAUAAGGUAUAAUGGCAUAUUAGCAACUAGUUUCAAAGACCAGUAUCCACACUUAAUGCGACCCAGUAUGUUAGUGGAAGCCAUGUUGCAUUCUUGUGCAUUAUGAUGGUUUUUCCCUCUAAAAGACACAGAUUUACUCGGAUAUUAUAUAAAACCAUUAAUAAAUUAUUUACAUUCAUGCAACGGAGAGAACACUUUCAAGGCUAUGUCUUGUUUAAAUCUUGCACUCAUAACAUUUAUUAUUCAUAUACAUUCUCAUGUAAUUUUGUAUAAUUUUAAGGAUUUUUCUGCUAAUGACUUUAUCUUGAUUAGUUGUAUGGCUAUUUUACUCUGUAAUUGUUUGUUGAUAACUGAUUGGGCUACCCUGGUUAACCAAAUGUAUAUCACUUUGAGGCAGUUUUGCAAAAGAAACUAUUAACAUUAGCUGCAAACACAACACGGAAUAAAUGUGACCAAAGGUGGAAAAACUGCACAACCCAAGACAAAUAUAAUAUGUCAUCGUCACAAAUGUGUAAAAUUAUAAUUGACAAAUAUAUUGCCGCUUUUAUGUUAUAAUUAUAUAAUGCAGAUUUUUCAUCGUUACAUAUGUACAUGUAGAUUUAUUUGACAAAUAUUAUGACGCUUUUAGGUUAUAAUUAUUCAAAAAAUGCCUGUGAAUUCGCAAGUGCCCUACUUUGUGGAAGCUUUACUUGUAUUUUAUGCCGCUUCCCUUCCAAUUUUAAAAAUUUGAAAAUGUACACUUUCUCAAAAAAAUACAGCAACAAUUUCUAUGUAUAUAUUAGUUUGCAGCUUUUUGUUAGGCAAACAUGUACGACGGAAACAAAAUUACAAACUGUUUUCUUAAUAAUUCAAUGGAUAUGGAAAGGUUUACGGUAACACCAUGUACAUAAAUGAGGUGGUGGGGGAGGGGGUUGGGUUCUGAAAAGAACCUCAGGUUUCAGCUUGACGUUUCAAUGGAUGUUUAAAGUAUUGACUUGCUUGCUUUUACUUUCAAAUGAAAUGAAACUUUGUUCACUAUGCCUUUCAUGUUUUCUUGACUAAAGUAUGAAAUAAUUUUAGGUUGAGCAAAGACCAUUUGACUAGAACAGGACUUGAACCUGCGACCUCCAGUUAAACUAUAGUCAGUUUAAACUUGAUCAACCUAAUGUUAGUUAAAAAUUACCCAGUCAAUUUCCCUUGUGGUUUAUUACUUGAUAUUUAAGAUAAUAAAGAAGCGAAUGUUGACCCCUAUUUUCAUCACAUUUUGGUAAUAAAUUUUAACAUUGAACGGAAAUAUUAACUGGAGAUCUGCAUUAACACAAUAAAACAAUGCCCACAGAUUUACAGUAAACAUA